AAGAGAGUUGGCAUUUUCAACAAUAAAGUGGGAAAUGGAUCUGUGAGGAAGAUUCACAACAGGAGUAAAGAAAGUUCAUAUGUCACAUUAAAGCGGGAAAUGGAGAAGGAUUUCAUCAAGAAGAAUUUUAAGAGCAGAGGCUGUGGAAAUAGGAGGCGAAGUACUAGCUCAACUUGAGAAAUAGGAAAGAGAAGAAACUCAACUUGAGUGCGAAAGUCGAACAUGUGGGAAAGGAGAGAGAUGCAGAUCGGCCCAAGAUUUUCGCUCAUUCCAUUUUUUGCCCAUUUGCCUUUGCUGAAUUUUGUGAGGAUGUCACUCAGCAGCUGGAUGAUUAUCUCAUCAAGGGCUCUAAUUUCCAUUGCAGUUUUAGGUUUGGUUUUUGCCCAAAGCAUGGUGAAGUAUGGGAUUAUGUCCAUACUGAUGGUAUACUUAACGGAUGAUCGGAAUUUGAGCACAUCAGAUGCUGCAGUAACAAAGAAUGUGGGCGAGGGGGUAGGAGCGAUAUUAAAGGUUGUCAUGGCUCACAUCACUUAUGUUCAUCUAAAUCGUUUCCACAUCAUCUCCUCAGGCUUUUGGAUCUAUACCAUGGGAUUGUAUGUCUUAUAUGAUAACUGUUACGCUAGUUAUCAGGACCCCAACACCCUCAACGAGGAUGCGGAGUGUGACAAUACCAUCGGUAUGAUGGGGCUCUAUACUGGAUUGGUCUGCAUAACAAUUGGGAGCGCAGGACAAGAAUCUCGUUUGAAAGAAUUCGUUCUUGAGCAGUUCAAAGGAAUGUGUGGAGACAAAGAACGUGCAGAGACCAUUCAAAAAUUAACAUGGUUCUUUGGUUCUGUACUUGGAAUUAUUGUCGCCAUUUAUAUCAAAUAUCUAACCAAAACUUGGGAUGCGGUCUUUGAAAUUUCAUGUUUAGUGAUGGGAGGCUCACUUUUAUUUUCCUUAUCUGCCUUAAAAUGGUACCACUAUGGAGAAUUAACUGAGACCUCUCUUAAUCGUUUUUUGCGUGCUAUGGUGGCUGUGCUCCUUAAGGGACUUUGCCAAGACCCUCUUGAUGAUACCAGUGAUCAGCUCAAUGAGAGAGAUGCAGCAGUGCUUGAUAAUUCUGAUUUCUGCAGAUGGUUGGAUAAAGCAGCUAUGGCUGAACCUUUAAUGAGUAUGAAAGAGCAAGAAAACAAUUGGAGGGUUUGCACAGAGACAGAAGUAAAGGAAGCAAAAGUUAUCAUAUCAACGGUUCCUAUCUGGCCAUCCAUGUUACUGUAUGGUCUAGUAAAAGCUACAGGGAGCACCUUCUUUAUAGACCAAGCCUCCAACUUACAAAGCCCAAUAUUCAACAAUAUAGACGUUGCUAUUGUUGCCCUUUAUGUGAUUCAGUCACUGUCCACUUCGGCAAUCUGUGGUGUAUAUAAGCUGCUCCCAAAGAGGUUGAGGAAAGGAAGAACUGCACUAAUUCGAAUUGGUGCCGGAUUAUUUUUAACCAUAAUUUGCUUUCUCAUUGCUUGGAGGGUUGAAAUUCGAAGAUUAAGUUCCGAUAAUGGCAAUGGCAUGAGCAUAUUUUGGGUAGUUCCCCAAUUUUGCUUGCUAGGGUUUAUGGAAGGACUAACAGAAGUUGGCAUACAACAGUACAUUUCUGAGCAAGUUAGUGCACCUGAAAGAUCUGACAGUCCGACUGCAAGUGACUUGAUGACUGGAAUUGGAACACUACUUGGUGCUGUUUUGAGUCUUGCUUUUUCAAAAACCCUAGAUCAAAGUCAGUUUGAUAAGUAUUACAUGGUGAUGAUGAUAGUAAGCGGUUUCAACUUCUUUUUAUACUGUAGCAUCUCAACUACGUCCAAAUUUCUGAUGAGGUACAAGACCAGGAGGAUUGGAUUGCUUACUCAUGAUCAUGAGGGAGACGACCACAGUACUGAUGUUGAUGAUGAUGUUGAAGCUUCAACGGCACCAUUAGACAGAGGCAGGAAAAGACUUCCAAUAUUCCAGACCAUAAUCAAAAUUCUGAGGAAUUCACCAAAAACCAUGGGGAAAUUAGUAAUUAAAUUGAUUCCUGAAUUUUGAUUUUAGGAAGGAAAAAAAAAAAAAAAAACUUGGAUUCUUUAUUUUGAAUUGAACCUAGCUCCUCCUCUUGCAUGUAUUAUAUAUUUUAUCCUAUUAAUUAUAUAUACUGUUAGUGGUUUGUAAUGUAA